UUAUAAUAAAUGUAGUACAGUAAAACCUUGCUAAAAUAAAAUCACUUGAGACCGUCCAAUUUUUCCAUCUUAACAGAGUUUCCGACUUGACGGGGUUCAAAUUUAUUAUGUAUUUGAAUCGAGACCAAAGAUAUUAUCUCUCUUACCGGGAUUUCCAUCUUACCGAAGUUUUACUGUACAUAAUUAUGACGUGUCAUUUAAUAAAUAAAUAAAAAAUAUUGAUCUUGAAUGUGUUGCUUAUCUUUUUUUCAGAGAUCAAAAAAUGUUACAACGAAUAAUUCAAUGUUGUACAUUAAAUGGUGGCAUAUUUUGUUUAAGUAUAGUUAUUUUUGAAUAUGUUAUUCUACCUUCUUUAGGCUAUAUAAUGUCAUUUACAUUUGGAAAUCUUAAUGAAAAUAUUUGGUUAUGGACUCGAUCACUAUUGUCAUGGACAUUUGGAGCUGUAUGGGUCUUACCAAUAUUUUUGCUGAGCAAAAUAAUUAACAGUCUGUGGUUUCAAGAUAUCGCAGACAUAGCGUAUAAACAAAAAAAAGGUGAUCCACAACAGUUGACACGGAUUAGUAAAGUGAUAGCAGACUUUUCGUUCAGUAUAGUUGUCCAGUUCUUAUUUCUCAUUCAAAGUUAUUUAGUAAGUAUGGUGCCAUCAACAAUUUUUAGCAAUAUUCUCAGUAUUUUGCAUUUAUCAUUACUUUAUUCACUUUACUCAUUUGAAUAUAAAUGGUGCAAUAUGGGCAUGGAGCUAAACUCAAGGUUAUCCAUUAUUGAAAACUGUUGGCCAUAUUUCCUUGGAUUUGGACUUCCACUAGCAGUUGUCACAUCUUUGCCAGAAUCAUAUAUUAUUAGUGGUUGUCUGUUUUCAAUUCUAUUUCCUGUAUUCAUUAUCAGUGCUAAUGAAGUCAGUCCAUCUAAAAUAAAAAUAUUUAGAUUGAAACUAUUUGCACCGGUUCUAUCCAUAACUAGUACCAUAUUCAAUCGAUCCAUUGGUCCAUCUAUAAAAUCUUCAAUAAGUACUGCAUCUAAAGCUCAAAAAAUGCAUAAAUGAAUAAACAUGAUGUGUUACAUAUUACAUUUAAACAUAUUAUAUAUAUAUUUUUAAUACCUUUUUAAUUUACAAUUUUUGUGGAUAUUGAUACUUUUUUAAUACUUGAGGCUGUGUAACUAAAAAUAUAUUAAAAUUUAAAUGGUUUAUAUAUAAUUUAAAUUUGUACUUGAUAUUCUGGGGAGUAAACUUGUGCAUUUAAUUUGUGAUUAAAUUUAUUUAAAAGCCAAGUUAUAAUUUUAAUUGCAUAAGAAUCGUAACUAACAGACUUUAAUAACAUU